AGCCGAUAUUGGAUGAAACUCAAUGUCCGUCGCUUUCGAGUUCAUUGCUUCUUAUAAAGAUAGACAGUCGAUGUCGUCCUAAGCUUGUCAUCUCGUCUGAGCAGUUGCUCCUUGUCCGUUUCUUCGUGUGAUCCAGGCCAGUCUCACUCGCUUGAGUGCAGGAUCAUGUAUUUCCCUCGUUCGUUACUGGCUUAUGCCAUUCUCCUUUCGUUUUCUUCAGAUGUCGACGCCGCAGUUGCCCAGCACAGAGUAGCAUCUGGUUUUGUGGUCCCCUCAGCGCAAGAGAAGGAUGGGCACAGUGGUCCACUCUCGCGGCUCCAGACGCUGUUCGCAAAGCGCCAACAACCUGCACUUGUAUGGUGGGAAACCGCAUCGUACCGUAUCCUCCGGGAUGGGUCCCCCGAGGACACUCAGGAAGUCUGCAACAAACUUAUCGGUCCCCUAGACCCUACAACGGUAACCGUGGAUUAUACACCAGCUGCCUUGUACAUGUCCUUUCCUAUCCAAAAAACGUUGGACAUGAAGCUCGCCAAUAAUACAGCACCCGAUACAAUACAAGAACCACUACUUUAACGACCACAUCGACCACACGGACCAUUGUCACGAUAACGGAGACUAGUUUGGAGAAUCAACCCACAUUGGCUGCUCGUACACCCAAUGCCACCGCUGUUGCUC